AGACGCCGCCCCAGGCAGCGAGGUAGUCGAGGGCUAUACUGCAGUGCGAUCGAUGACGCGGGGCGGCGGGGAGCCGCCGUUCCCGGCGGUGGACAAGUGCGACGCGUCGCGCCUGGGGCCCGGCUCUACGGUCGCGGCGGACCUCGAGGGCACGCUGCUCCGGUCGCGGAGCGCCUUCCCGUACUACGCGCUCGUCGCCUUCGAGACGGGCGGGGCGCCGCGCCUCGCGCUCCUGCUGCUGCUGGCGCCGCUGGCGGCCGCGCUGUCCCGCCUGGCGUCGCCCGCCUCGGGGGUGCGGGUGCUGGUCUUCGCGGCCACCGCGGGGGCGCGCGUGGCGGACGUCGAGUCUGCGGCACGCGCUGUGCUGCCCAGGUUCUACGCGGUCGACGUGCACCCGGCCGCGUGGCGCGUGUUCGCGGCGUGCGGGGGGAGGCGCCUGGUGCUCACCGCCACGCCGCGGGUCAUGGCGGAGCCGUUCGCGCGGGGCCACCUCGGCGCGGACGGAGUCGCCGGAACCGAGCUCGCGACGUCGCGCGGGCGCGCCACGGGCUGGGUGGACUCGCGCCGGGGCGUGCUCGUCGGCGAGAGGAAGGCCGCGGCGCUGAAGGAGAUGGUCGGCAGCGACGGGCAGAUGCCGGACGUCGGGCUGGGCGAUGGGAGGUCGGAUUACGCCUUCAUGGGCAUGUGCAAGGAGGCCUACCUGAUUCCGCGGACGCCGGUGGACGCCGUGCGCGCGGACAAGCUGCCGAAGCGUAUCGUCUUCCACGACGGCCGCCUCGUGCAGCGCCCGACCCCGCUCGUCGCGCUGCUCACCCUUCUGUGGCUCCCCGUCGGCCUCCUGCUCUCGCUCGUCCGCGUCGCCGCGGGGAUGCUCCUCCCGAUGCGGUGGCUCCACGUCGCCUUCCACGCGCUGGGCGUGCGCGUCGUCGUGCGGGGAGCGCCGCCGCGGCGCCCCGGGGGCCGCACGACGGGCGUGCUCUUCGCCUGCUGCCACCGCACCCUCCUCGACGCGAUCUUCCUCUCCAUCGCGCUCGGCCGCCCCGUGGCCGCCGUCACCUACUCGCUGUCCCGCCUCUCCGAGUUCCUGUCCCCGAUCCGCACCGUGCGGCUCACCCGCGACCGCGCCGCCGACGCGGGCACCAUCAGGGGCGCGCUGUCCGAGGGCGACCUCGUCCUCUGCCCCGAGGGGACCACCUGCCGGGAGCCCUUCCUGCUGCGGUUCUCGGCGCUCUUCGCCGAGCUCACCGACGACAUCGUGCCGGUGGCGAUGGAGUGCCGGAUGAGCAUGUUCCACGGCACGACGGCGAGGGGGUGGAAGGGGAUGGACCCCUUCUUCUUCUUCAUGAACCCGAGCCCGGUGUACACGGUCACGUUCCUGGACAAGCUGCCGUCCGGCCUCACCUGCGGCGGCGGCAAGUCCAGCCACGAGGUGGCCAACUACGUGCAGAGGCUUAUAGCCUCCACGCUCUCGUACGAGUGCACCGGCUUCACCAGGAAGGACAAGUACAGGGAGCUAGCCGACACCGACGGCGUAGUCCCUGUGAACGCCGAGAAGAAGCGCGUUGUUUGGUAGCAGAGACGGACCAGUUACCUAGUACUUCUACGUAGUAUGUUGUAACUUCACAUUGUCUAUAGUUAUUGUGUAAUUACUUCUUCACUUCAGCAAAUAAAAUUGUGCAAUAGUC